GCUAAACAGUUGUAAUGCUACCUCGCCAGCUCCGUUCAGUCGUUCAUCAGCGUCAGUGUUGGCGCAUCCCUUACUUUCCAUCUGCACUGCGCUCUUUCAGCCAUUCUUCCGUUCUGAAUGAUUUUCAUUUCGAUACCCACCACUUUGUCCAACGUUUGGAGCGCGAAGGUCUGAACAAGGCCCAGGCCGAAGGCAUCAUGUCCGCGAUGGCAGAAGUCAUCGACGAAAGCAUUCGGAACAUGACCAGCAACAUGGUCACCAAGGCUGAUCAAGAGAAGAAUCAUUACACUCAGCAAGUCGACUUCGCGCAGCUUAAGUCCGAACUGCAGCUUGUUGAGAAGAAUGACUUGGCCAUGAUCAAAGCAGAGAACGACCGACUCGUGACGGAUAUCGAGAAGUUGAAGCAGCGACUUCGAGAGGAGAUCACGAGGACUCAGGCGGGGGUACGCUUGGACCUUAAUCUUGAGAAGGGUCGAAUCCGCGAGGAGGCUAGUCGACAGGAGCUGAAAGUGAAAGAGGUGGACACUCGGAUAGAGCAGGAGAUCGCUGGUCUUCGUGCGGCGAUACAGUCCUCGAAGGCAACGACGCUGCAAUACCUUGUCGGUUUUGUCACUGGCUGCUCAGCCUUGCUCAUGGCUUAUCUGCGUUUCCGCGUUUGAACCUGAAGGUGAUCAAUGAUCAUUGAUAGUUGGCUAUAAUGUGUAUCUCUACUCCAGCGCAGUACCAGAGAACUAAUUUCAGAACUAAUCGUUG